UACAAUUUUUCCUGUUCCUUUCCACGGUUUAUUAAUUUUUAUCGUUUUAACAGUUGAAGGGUUCUUACACACUGCGUGUAUUUUCAGGAUUCACGUUUAAAAAGGUGGAGUAAGAGGAGUUCUAGGAGAAUUAAAAAGCUCUUUGUCUCUCGCGGUGUGAAAGUGCUCCUGAAUUUUGGAUGAUUGGUAAUGAUCGGCGUGCAGUGAGUGUGCAAAUCGAAUAUAUAAUGCUGAAACUUUGUGGUAAGACGAAUGCAGCGUAACUUUUAAAUUUUGUAUAUCGUGUUUAAUAAUACGUUAUAUUAACGACGAAUAAUGUGAUGAAAAACAAAAGUUCUUGGAUUGUUAUUUUAUUAUCAUAUUUUCAUUAAAACGGUUUAAAAUUCGAAUGUUAUUGGACUUAUCUGGGAAGGAAUAUGUCCCGAGAAAUGUGUCUCGUGGCGUCUGGGAUACAAUAUAAUACCCUUAACAACAACUACAGACAGACGAACGGACGCAGGCUCACCAUGGCAACCGGUGCUCCUGUCUACAAGAUCAUCUUGUGCGGGGAAUAUGGGGUCGGGAAAAGCUCACUGUUCCGGCGGUUUAUGAAUGAUACAUUUACGACGGAACGAGGAAAAAAGUCAUCUAUUGGCUUAGACCAAGCCUCACAGAGUUUCUAUGUGGCAGGGGAAGAAGUAAAGUUGACGUUAUGGGAUACAGGUGGGAUGGAACGUAUGAGCUUUAUAGGACAGAGCUAUUACCGCGGGGCUAACGCGGCCCUACUUUGUUACAGUAUCAACAACAAAGAAACAUUUUCCAUACUCUCACAAUAUAUCUUAGACAUAGUCAUGAACGCUGAAGGGGCCAAAAUAUUUUUGUGCGGAAAUUUUGCAGACUGUGAGAGCGAAGAUAGGGUAAACGAAACUGACAUUGAAAAUUUUACGCGCGAAUGUGGGAACGUUUUGUCGGGAUCAUAUCAAGUGUCAUGUAAAGAAGGUACUAGUGUUAAAGACAUGUUUGCAGAUAUGGCACGUGUCCUACAUAAGGAAAAUGCGAAGAAAAUGACAUUACGUAGAGAUCUCGUUAUUCAGCCAGGUGUCACGGAGGAAGAGGAGGCUUAUCAUAAAAAGAAAUGUUAGUUUAUAAUACAACAAGGACACUAAAGCAGGGAACAAGAUCCAUGAAUUAUCUAUUAAACAACUAAAAAAUUGAGUGGUUUUUGGCAGCUUAUUUUGAGUUCUUUGGUUCAUAAUUUUCUGUUCCAUUAUAGCGAAUUUUCCUGUUGAGAAACUUAAUUGUAUUUGAAUGCAGUUUUCUGGUAAUUUUGCCCUCUUUGCAUGACAGAGCAAGCGUAUAGCAUUGUCAAGUUUAACAGAGUUUCACAAAUUUUUGUUGGACUUAAUUAGAGACAGUAGUUAACGUUUGGCUUACAAUAACUAUGCUCAGUUAUUGUUUUAUAUAACUCAUAGUUUUAAAAGUUUGAACCACGGAAAAAUCACAUGAUUUCUAGUAGAAGAUUGUGUCAAUUUUUGUCCAUCUUCUGCUUCAGACUUCAGUAUUUCAUUUUGAAAACAUGGGAAUAACCUUAAUACAAACAUGAACUUUUUCAUGUUUGUAAAUCCUUAUGUAAAUCCUUAUGAAAAGAAAUGUUAGUUGGUUAAGAAAUGUGUGUUGGUUUAAAUAUUCUCGUCCAAAAACAAGCAUGUUCAAAAAUAACCGUUGGCAUUGCAAGAUAUAUAACUCCAGCAAUAACAGCAGCUUUACUAUAGAAUAUACCCCUUCCCAAUAUAGCAUGAAAUCUUGUUACCUGCUUUUUAUGUUAAAAUGCAUUUAAUAAACAGCUUUUUUUUUCAGGGAAAUGACUUGAAACUGUGAAUUCAUUAAAGUUUAUAAGAUAUUUUGUAAUUAAUUUCAAAGACUUUCCUGUUCAACUUCAGGAAUUUUUUUUUUAAUUGGUUUCUGGAAAUUAGAACCAAUAAACCAUUUUCAAAUCCUGACAUUUGAUUGGAUGAUACUCGGGGCAAAUUUGAAAUUGACCAAUAGAAGAGUUCCAGACAGGUCAUCUUUCAAAUUCAUAAUUAUCGCAUAGAGAUGAAUAUUUUAAUGGAAAUAUCUUACCUUUUAUGGAUUCACAGUAAUUUAAGGUUUCUACAUACUUAUGGUUGCAAUAUUUCUGAUAAUAGUUAUUAUGUUUAUUCUUACAAUGCAUUUGUUUUCUGAUUGUAUGCAUUUUUGUAAUCAUCUUUCAUUUGCAUAUCAUUAAUAUUCAUUUAUUGAAACAGAAAUUUUAUUAUAACAUACAACAUUGUUAAAUGUAAGAUAUUUUGUAAAGGUUGGAUACUAUAAGUAAAAUUUUAUGCCAGUAUCAUUUUAGCUAGACUAUUAAAAGAAUAGGGAGAGCUGUUGUACUCACCCAGGCGUCGGUGUCACAGUUCGGUUAAGUUUUUUGUGUGCAAGUUGGUACCUUCAAAACUACUGAAAGGAAUAGUUUGGAAGUUCACACCCUUAUUUGAGAGGAGCAUAAUAGUAGGUCUCUGUCCAAGGCCCAUAACUCUAACAUGGAAUUUGACAGAAUUAUUGCCCUUUUUUGACUCAGAAAAUUCCACAUUAUCCAGACUCGUGUCACACACUUCAAAUACCAGUAGUCAAGCACAUUGUUCUGUAGACAGCUCUUGUUUUCAUGGUAUAAAAGUAGUAGACCUUAUGCAAACAAACUUCCUCAUUUAGGCAUUUUGCUAAUUUUGUUGAUAAUAAAAUGGCUUCAGAUGGAACUGUUUCCAUUUUUUUUUUUGAUUGUUGUCUGUAUGAUAAAAUUUCUGUUUAAGAUAAGUAAUGUAAAUACUAACUUUAUACUCUUCUGAGAAAAAUGAACCCAAAUGAAGAAAUAAACUCAAAGGAAUAUUAUAUAAGAGAGAGAGAAUGGAACUCCAAGAGGAUAUUGUACUCAAAGAGGUUAUUGUAGAUAAAAAGAACAAAAGAUAUGUAAAGGAAUGGAGAUGUGUGGAGGCUACAAAAUUUAUGUGAAAUUCAACAUAUCUGUUGGACAGUUUUUGAAAUUCUUGUUAUAAUAGAUAUUAAUUAGGAUGAUUUUAGAAGCAUUGUUUUGAAUUGUGCUAUACAAAGCUUUUUGUUAUUGGAAUAUGGAUUGUUAUAUUUUGUCAAAUGAGACAGAA